UAUUGCCCCGACCGCGACUGUUUGUAUUACGUAGCAAACAAGUCGAGUGCCAAUAGGUAAGUGUUGAAUGUUGGGAAUGCACGUAACUAACGGAUCUAACCUUGAACCAUUUUCUUUGCAGGCCUAAUAAAAUAAUUUGUCCACCCGAGUCGACACUUCGCUAACGAAAGCGCGUUGUCCAAGCGAUAACAAUUAUCAAACUAGACAGACUACUACGACAUGUAAACUGCACAAAAGACGUCAGUGAUAUCGUGCUAACGCUAAUUGCUUGUCUAUACACCAGCGCUCCAGACCCGCGACUGAAACACAGAAAGGCAAAAGUACCGUCGUCCAGCAGCAACCGAGAGGACACGGCCGUCGACUUCGUAGAGUUUGCGAGCCAGAGCAGCAGCAGCAGCAGCAGCCGCCGUCGUCGUCGGUGAGCGAGGCCGCGACGUCGGACCGUGGCGCGCGGGAAAGGCGGCGCGAGCGCAAGCGGCCCAGCUGGCUGCGGAACAGCAUGCAAGAAUUCGACAAAGUUGCUUGCAUCUGUCCGUUCUGCGAUAAGAUCUUCUCGGACGAGCGUAAGGUUGCCAAUCACGUUCGCAACGUCCACCGAAGGCGGUUCAAGUGUGACCUCUGCCGCAGACAGUACUUCAGUGCGGAGGCCCUCGAGGCUCAUCGCAAGACCCACAACACCGACUCGCACUUCGAGUGCGCGAUCUGUCACCUCAAGUACAAGCGCGAGGAGACUCUGCAGUCGCACUUCGUUCGCGUGCACAGCGACAUGGAAGAGAAGUACGUGUGCGAUCACUGCGGCAAGCGCUACAAGCUCAAGCAGGACCUGAUGCUGCACAUCAAUCAGGUGCACAUGUGCACCUAUCAGAUUUGCCGCUUCUGCGGCAAAGUGGUGAAGAACGUCAAGGCCCACGAGUGGCACCACCAGAAGAAGCUCGACCGCGAGCACGACGCCAAGAUCUAUCCUUGCGGCCUCUGCUUCAAGAAGUUUCUCAGCGAGUCCAAGCUGGAGAACCACCUGAUGCGCCACGUGCAGCGCUACAGCUGCAACCAGUGCGGAGAGUCGUUCCCGGGGCCCAGCCAGCUCAUGAACCACAAGACCAAGCACAAGCCGGCCACGCGCUGCUCCAUCUGCGGCCGAAGCUUCGCCUCGAGAAGCAACUUUUAUCAGCACGUGCUGAUGCACGCUAAGGUUCGGCCCUACAAGUGCGAUAUCUGCCAGGACGGCUUCACUCAGAGGUCCACGCUCAUCCGCCAUCGCAGGACACACCCCGGCCCGCUGCCUCGGGCCCCACCGCCCGUUGUGCCCAUCGCCGAGCUCGCCAGGAAGGUCCUCGACAAUUGGUACUGACCGCCUCGGCUUGGCGACUCCAGCCAAACCGUGCGCCAACUUUUAUCGUGCCUAAGUAGUCUUUACGUUUUGGCUUCCGACAAGUCGAUUCCGUCCAAUAACGCUUGCCAGUCAAGAUGACCUCACUGUGCGAGCAGCCCGUCUUGCCCGAGUCAACCGUCUCUUCGACUGUUUCGCGCCCCAACGAACGAUCUGCUGACGGAUGCUCAAUUCAAUCGCUUUUCUCAUUAUUCAACAUAUACACUCACGUAUAUCUCAUGUAUCGUAUAGGUUUUUAACGCGCUACAUUACAAUACCGUCCAUACGUACUUAACCAACCUACACAGUAUUUUUUUUUAAUAGUCUCAAGAUAUUUUACUUGGAUGUCAACUUUUCGAUGCUAUUUCUACUAAGGUUUUUGUCUUUAAUAGAAAAACAAAAGAUGUUGCAGUGAUCUAAAGUACAGCGUUUAUGGUGAUUGAACUUACUGGGAAUACUAGAAGAGUUACCGCGACACGCGCAUCACUGAUUGAGCCACUGUAGCUUCAGUUUUGAGGAAAUUCCUUAUAAGCUACUGAACUAUUUGAAACGUAGCAAAAUAUAAAAAGUGAAAAUUGUUAGACUUACGGGCUAUUUUCGCCUAACCGGUCAAAAUGGGCAUGCGACUAAUCUUGUAAGGGGGACAACGACCUAACAAUGUAGAGACCUCGUAGUAUCAGCGAAUGAAGUCUAAGAUAAAAUUUUCGGAUAAGUUUAAGCCGUUACGCUGUUUUAAAGGUUGUCAAUGAGGUGGCCAAUAACAAAUUUAUGUCGCCAAUAAUGGCUUAUUGAAGAUUGAAGAUCUAUUACAUUGCUUAAUUACAGGAUAUUUUCGGUCAUGAAUAACAAGUGCAGACGGCCGCCGUGUCUUGCAUUUUUUCUCACACAACAAUUUUUUCGAAACAUUACAGUCAAAUAUUACUGGCGUGGUCGCGUGUCAUGGUAACUCUGCUAGGUAGUCAUUGAUACUUUUGCUACUACAACUUUGACGAGUCAGUCAAGAGCCAAACCUUUGCAAUUGUUGAUGUUCUUACCAAUCUACGAAAUGAUUAAUUUUAUCGUCAAAGUGCCAAACCUAUGAAAUAAUAAUUAGCUCUCAAAGGACUAUCUAUAAUUCGUUAUCCCGGCAGAUAUGAUGACUGAACUUGUUCUUUUUAUAUUCGUUUUAUAAUUUUCGCUAGCCCAUACUCGCUGCCAAUUACAAUCGCAAUAACGUGCGAACAUAGAUAGCUUUAAGUAUAAUUUUUUCUACACUUACCUUUAUAUUCCAACUGUAUCUAAAACAUAAUCUCAAUAAACUGAAUGCAAAGUCUAUCCGACUGCCUUGUCUAUUUGUCGAGUUGGUCUAUGGUCCAACAGAGAACGGACAAACGAACGAACACGCGGACGAGCCAACGAGCAACAAAUAAAGCAAGCAAACAAGCAAACAAGCAAACAAACAAACAAACAAGCAAACAAACAAAAAGACGAGCAAGCAGUAAAUUUGUAUUUUCUCGUGUAGGUAUGAGCGCAGACCAAUCCAACUGACGUAUGAUCCUU